CGUCGUGACGCUUCUGUGGGGCGGAGUCAGAGUCAGGCAGGUAGGUUUCAUAGGUGUGUACGUUCACAACAACACCACAAACCUGAGCGAAACCCAGACAAAUCACUGCUUUCUUCGUCCAUUUCAGUUAAAAAGGCAAUGCCAGAAUCAAGCCGGCACCAUCACACAAGGGACCAAGACUACUCUAGUCGAGACCGGAGAGAUGAGGACAGGAGAUACAGAGAGGACAGGAGGACACCUGAUGGAGACGACCGAUCACGGAGCCAUAGAGAGAAACAAGGAUAUGCUGACACACAAAGGGCCCCCCGAGCGUACGAGGCCCCCCGUUAUCAUAGUCAGGGAGUGCCCAGUUACACCGAGACAUCCUCUUCAUACUACGAUGACAGUCAACCCUACCGUCACAGACUCUACAACCUAAGAUACAUCACAACUAGCAGAGGCAUCUGCCAGGCCAUGGAGGUCUUCUUAAGCUUGUUGAUCAUCAUCUGUGCUGGAGUGAACCACAGUAACUCGGGUCGGUAUCAGGACAUCGCCAGCCUAGGCGGUCUGUACCAGUACUAUUACGGAGGAGCCAACGCGUUCACCGGAGCCGAAGCGCAGAAGGUCCAGCACCUGGACGACCAGUUCUACCAGCUCAAACUGCCCCCUUACGUCUACAGCAUGGCGUGCGGCGGGGCGCUGAUGCUCUACUCCGGGGCCACGCUGGCCCUCGGCGUGUUUCGCAUGCCCUACCGCUUCCCCCCUCUGCUGCUGGCCGAAGCCCUGCUGGACGCGCUCGUGGGUCUGGGAUUCAUUCCCGCCGUCGCUUUCUACUUCAUAAAGCUGCAGGAGAUCUACAGCAACUCCAUCUGCAAAGACAGGGAAGCCAUGUACAGCAGCAAAGGUCACCGAGGGUUCGAGUGCAACCUCAACGGGGCCGAUGUAGCGGGAGGCUUGUUCGGCGUUCUGGGGAUUAUUAUAUUCCCCGUAAGCGCCGCGUUGGCCGUCAGAGCCUUCAUACGAGUGCGGAAGAUGAAGGAGAGGCCGACGGAAGACAACAACCUGUGAAGAAUACGCCAUUUCUUAAAGACCGCACCAGUGUAAAUGUUUUUGGUUUACGGUAUUUUCCAAAUCCAGAUCACCCAUAUCUCCUUUGAUCACUUUUUUUAUACGAUACACAAGUUUUACAGUAUCAAAAAGAUAUGUAUUUUUGCAUUUUUUUUAAUGGUUGCUUUUUUCAUUAUGAAGGACUUUUUUUUUUUUUUUUUUUAUACACCAUACUUUUUCAUACUCUUCACAAACAUUAGAACAUUGAUUAUUUUAUUAAAAAAUAUACAAUAUAUUGAGAAUGAGCCUUUAUUAGGGUUUCCGAAAGCAUUUACCUCCACAAGUUAAAGCCUAAAAAGUCAUGACAAUGAAGGUUGCAUUCAUUACGAAAAUAAUUCUAUGCAUUCUUUAAUUGUUUACUUGAGAUGCAAGCGUCUUAAAAUAUUGAACAAAUUAAGCGUUUAUGCUUGAAACCAGAAAAAAGUCAAUGAGGUGUAACGGUUUAUUUUAAAUUGUUGAUUUUUCUGAGACAAGUAUUCGUUUUAACCAUAAAUUAUUUAAUUUUGUUCAAUAUAGUUCGACUGAAUGUAUCAUUUGAGAACGUUUAACAAACGUAAAACGACUAAACUGAACAAAUCUUUGAUCUGAAUGUAGAGUAAGAGUAAUAUUCAUAUUCCUGUGAUUAGGCAAUUAAGCUAUUUUAACAAAAUUAAUUAGAACGGAGGCGAUCUACGGCUGAUUUCCAAGACAUUUGCAUUCAGAGAACAUAUUCCCUUUCGACUUUCAGUUUGGUCUAAAAU